AUGUCCUCUAUCAUCUUUAACCCUGCUAUGUUGACAGUGUCUCCCUCUCCCUCCCCCGAACCUGAGGAACACCCACUAGAGGGUGGCAAUGCUACUGCUCCUCCCUCCAAGCCGAAGCUAUUGGAGGAACAGGAGUCUUGGCUUCGCGACUGGAAUGUCGCAAUGGCUGAUAUCUAUGAGCGGGCGCGUGCGGCUUCGCUGCAUGUGUCCCUUAAUGAUGCGGAGAAUGUUACGUUGGCCGAGGGCAAAAUUGCCACGAGGAUGCUGACAAGAGCUGUGAAGGCUUGGAAGGAGAAGGCGGAAGAGUCUGCCGUGACUGUGCGCCCAGCGCACGCUGAGAAGGGGAAGUCGGGUGAGAAGGCGCCCAAACCUGUGCUUACCGAUAUGGGAUCGUGUUUGGGUGGGCGUAUGACCGCCACCUCUGUCAGCCAUCCUGCUGAGAGGUGCGAGUGUUGCGCCGCGUCCGGCGCUAAGUGCAUCGUUGUGCAGCCAAGCGGAAGGUGCGAGGGCUGCGUUAAAGUGCGGAAGGGUUGUUCGUUUGGGAUGCGUGCUGGCUGUGCCGAAGCGCAAGGCGCCUCCCUCGGCGCAAACGACUGCGCCAGAGAACCGGAGGCCAUCGUUGUCCAGUGGCCGAAGCGACCGCUUGCCUCUGCUGCUGCACCUGCGGCAAAAUGUCCUCGCUUGGAUGCCAAUACCGAGUUGGACGAGGCACGCGCUGAGUCCGCUCAACUCUGUGCUGAGAACGCUGAGCUUCGCACUUGGAACAAUAAGUAUCGGGUCGCUCUCACUGAGAUGCGUCAACACUCCCGGACGCAAGAGUCCGAGUUGCUCCACAUGAGGCAACUGGCUGUAUCUUUUGGCGCCGAUUGGGGAACUUGGGAGAAGGAGCUUUGCGAAGUCCUAGAGGAGUAG